UCUCCGUUUUCUAGGUUAAGGUGACAGUGUAGAUAGAGUCUUUAUAACGUUGUGGUGUACAGUGGUGCAAAAGACCUUUUGGUGAAUCAUUUUAUCAGUAUUUUUACCUCAAGUGCGAACAUGGGUGUUCUCUGUUACACAUUUCUUGCCAUUACUCUACUAUUUUCAUUCACAAAUGCGGCAACUGACUGCGAAGUCUGUGAAAAACUUGCUGUUGCUUUUAUGAAGGGAUUGGAAAACACUGAAGGGAAAAAUUUUGAGGGUGGAGACGUCGAUUGGGAAGAAAAGAACCUUAAAUAUAAAACAAGCGAAACUCGACUUAUAGAAAUCUUGGAAAAAGUUUGCGAAAAGUCUGAUUUUAAGUGUAACAAGCUAUUAGAAGAACAAGAAGAAGCAAUUGAAACGUGGUAUAAGAAAUUCCGUGAAAAUGAAGAUAAACCACUGAGAACUUACCUUUGUAUCACUACUGUUAAUGCAUGCUGCCCAGAGAACAAAUUUGGAGACAAGUGUGAAGGUGAAUGCCCAAAAGGAAAUUCCGAUGAAAUUUGCUUUGGAAGAGGAAAAUGUGAAGGCGCUGGAGACAGAGAAGGUUCUGGAAAGUGUGUCUGUGACUCAGAAUACACUGGUGAUGUCUGCGACAAAUGUGCUGAUCAUCAUUUUGAAAUUCACUCAAAUGAUACUUACAUUCUUUGUAAAAGUUGCCACCCGUCAUGCGAUACAUGUACUGGGGAAAAUGCAACCGAAUGUAUUGCUUGCCGUGAUGGGUUCAAAGAAGAAGAGGUUGAUGGUGUGAAGCGAUGUGUUGAUAUCAACGAAUGUGUGGAACAACAAAACUUAUGUGGUGAUGGAGAAUAUUGCGCAAACACCGCUGGUUCUUAUAAAUGUGAAGUUUGUAGUAAAGUUUGCGACAAGUGUUUUGGUCCAUCUCACAGACAUUGCUACUCUUGCAAGCCCGGAUCUAUCAUGAGAAUGCCCUAUAUGUGUCAAGACAUUGACGAAUGCUCGAGUGGGGCAGUGUGCCUUGGAAUGUACGAGGUGUGCGUCAACACACCUGGCCAUUACAAAUGUGAAUGUGCUCGAUUCUUCCGUCGUGACCCUGUCUCCAACCAAUGCCAACCAGAUCCAGCUAUCUACUCCCGAUAUGUCCCUAAACGUAACGAGAACGAAGAGAACAAAGAUGCAAAACCUGAAGAGAAGGAAGAAGCAAAAGAAGAGAAAAAAGAGGAAUUGUAGAAAGUGAAAGCGAACACAAUAUGAAGCAAGUAGUGGAAAUAAGUUGACUGUUUUGCACCGAUAUCCAAUGUUACAUAUACUAUUUAAUGCACUGUAGCAGAGUCUCUUCAGGCAUGGUACAUAUUUAUUUGCGGUCAAAUUUUUGGCAGAGAUUAAAACUAAAACAUAAAUCGAAUUCACCUUUUUGGCUUCGCAGAAAAUUCAGCUAAAUCGUAUCCAAAUAUUUCGCGUGUUUAGUUCUGCUAACUAGGUCAAUAUGUGCAAUGGUCUUCUGUAGUUUAAUUGCACCUGGUAUAGGGUGGUGGUAUAUGAAGCUGUUCUCGUAAAUAAAAAACUGCCGA